UGAAAUUGUGCUGGAAAUGUGGACAUCUUCUUCUGACCCCAAAACCAUGGAACAAGUCUGGAAAGACAUAACCCUCACCACCACCGCCGCCGCCGGCAAGAAGAGGUUCCAGGAUUUCGACCCCACUUCCGCCGACCGCCACCAUAAACGCAUGAUCAAGAACCGAGAGUCUGCUGCUCGCUCCAGAGCUAGAAAGCAGGCUUACACUAAUGAGUUAGAGCUGGAAGUAGCUCAUUUGCUUCAAGAGAAUGCCAUGCUCAGAAAGCAGCAACUCCAGUUUCAUAGAGAAGAAGCAGCUGACCACAAAGGGAAGCCUCUCCAUAGAGCUUCCACUGCUCCAUUUUGAUUAAAUUUAAAUCACUUCAAUGUAUUUUUAUGUCUAGAUGUUAGAAUGGAUUUUCUUUGGAGGGCCCUUUUCCUCUUUUGUUGACUUCAUUGGAAACCAUUUACCCAGAUAUGAAUAUAUAUUACUUUUUCA